AUGGCUGAUUCGCGUUUCCAGGGUGGGAGGGAGGGAGAGCAGUUCAAGGAACUGCCCACGGUCAAAGAGGGAGAGUCUGUGCUGGCCUUCCGUGAGCCCAAGAUGCGCAGGGGGGAGUGUGUCCUUGCAGAUCAUGAGGAUGUGAAGGUCAAAUACCUAAUACGCUACCAAAGGAGGGGUGUGAAUGUCCCGAGGGGAGAGCGGGUGGCUCCCAAGGCAGCCCCCCAGACCGAUCCUGAGGCAGAGGGAGAGGCCGAGGCCAAGGCAGAGGGAGAGGCCGAGGCAGAGGGAGAGGCCGAGGCAGAGGGAAAGGCCGAGGCAGAGGGAGAGGGUGACCCGAGUGCUCCGGAGGCCGCCAGCGGCAGCCGCAGCCACAAGCGUAGUUACAGCCCCAAGCGGCACCGCCGCCGCUCCCGCAGCCCCAGCCGCCGCCAUGGCGGCACCCCUAGCCCCAGCUCCAGCCCACGCCGCAGCCGCAGCCGCAGCCGCAGCCGCAGCAGCACCAGCAGCACCAUCAGCCUCACCGAGGGCGAGAAGCUGGUGAUUCUCAGCGACGACGUUAGUACAAGCCCGCCUUCGAGCCCGGGAGGGGGGCAUGCCAGUGCCAGCGCCCCCCUCUCGGGUCAGCAGUCCCCGACCCCCAGGGAAAGACCCUUCAAAGAGCAGCUGUGCUCCAUUAUUGUCAUCGGGGAGUGCGAGUAUGAAUGGGUUCCCGAGAGUCGCCUGCUUCGUUACUCUGCUAUCCAGAUGCAGCUGGACAGCGAUACUGCCCUCCAGAUGGCGGCUAAGAGAGAGCAGCAGGAGGAGUGCCCCGUCUUGUCGUCAGGGGGCAGCACCUCCGGGGCCGCGGCAGCCGCGGCAGACCCUGAGCCGCUACUCAGCGAGAGGGGCCCCCAGGGGAAAAGCGGGGGGACGGGGAAGGGGUGGUCCCGCUCUCAAAAGCGCAAGUCCGGGGGAGGGAGGGAGGCUGCGGGGGAUUUCCAGCCCGAGGUCCAGGUCCACCUGCCCAAGGUUUUGAAGCCCCUGCUCGUUCAAGACUGGGAGCUGGUAACCUCAGAGAAAAAGCUCUUCACCCUGCCCGCCAGGAAGACCGUCGCAGCCAUCUUGACCGAGUAUGCUUCCUUCUACGAAAACUCGGGCACCGUUGACAAGAAGCUUGCAGUCAAUGAACUGAUGGCCAUGAUCAAAGAGUACUUUGAUCUGGUGCUGGGGACCCAGCUUCUCUACAAUUUCGAGAGACCACAGUAUGCUGAGAUCCUGAUCAGCCAACCCACUGCCCAAAUGUCCCAGGUAUAUGGAGGUGCCCACCUGCUGCGCCUUUUCCCGCAAAUAGGCCCCAUGCUGUCCUGUACUUCUCUAGGUGAGGGGAGCCUCAAUGUGCUGCUGGGCCAUUUGCAUGAUUUCCUAGAGUAUCUGGCCAGCGAUCCUUCUCUGCUGUGUAUCGAUCCCAUCGAUUACCAGCUGGCCACUGCUGAGUAUCAGCAAAAAGCUGAGUACCAGCAAAAAGCUGAGUAAGGGCUUGGUGGUCUUGGCUCCCACCAGAUUAGCAUUUCUUGGAGCCAAUCUAUUGAGUAUAUCAGUCCAUAUCUUGCCAAAAUGAUCUAUCUGUUCCUAUAUUGUGCUUGCAAUGUUUCAGGGUUGAUGUUCGUUCCUUUAGAUUUUCCAUUAACUACUUCCAUGGAGGAAGCCUCUUCUGUCCUUACAGAGCAGUAACUAGUGUUUGCGGUAAUGGACAUAGCCACUGGAAUUCCCAGCCUAGAUGACCACAGAAUGUGGUGGUUCCAUACCUCAGCACUUAGGAGCAGUGCCCCAAAUCCUUGAUUGGUGAUUGUUGGUACCAAAGAUGUCACCAUUUUACCUGAAUGUAGGAGUGUUGGAUUAUCUGGUACAUGGGAUUGGUCAUCUGCCCCUUUUUGCACUGUGACCAUGUUUUUCUCCAUGUUCUAAUGACUAAACUGUUCUGAUAUUUGCUAUGUUGAUUCCAAUGCAUAAUUAGGUGAUAGGAGAAAAACAUUCAUCUGUAUUGACAGACGUCUAGGAAAGUUCUUCUUUCAAAGAUGUUUAACACAUGUUGAAAAUAUAUUGAUUUUGUUGGGAAAAAAAGUGUAUUUUUAUCAUUCUCUGAAUUCCAAUAAAAUCCAAUAGAAUGGGGCCCACCCAGC